AUGUCCAUCCCUGAAUCCUCCUGGUCCAGUAGUGUGACCAUCCAUGACAUAAGUUUGAUAUGGAACAUGGCAAUUAGUCGAUCUGAUGUUUUUGAGAGGACUUACUGGCUUUGCGUGAACUACUGCCCUAGUGACUGCAUGACAUCCAGGGCUCUGACCAUGGAAAUCAUCUUUGUCUCUCAGAUAGGAGUCGGAGUCCUAGGAAACAUCCUGCUCCUUCUCUGCUAUGGCUUCAUUUCCUGCACUGGACGAGGGAUAAAGCGCAUGGAUUUGAUUCUCCAUAACCUAAUUGUAGCCAACUGCUUGGUUCUUCUCUCGAGAGGCAUUCCUCAGACCAUGGCAGUGUUGGGGCUGAAAUAUUUCAUGGGUGAUUUUGCAUGCAAACUAGUUUUCUAUGUUCAUAGAGUGGCCAGAGGGGUGUCUUUGAGUGCUACUUCUCUCUUGAGUGGCUUCCAGGCCAUCACAAUCAGCCUUAGCAGCCCCCAGUGGAUGGAGCUCAAGGUCAAAGCCCUCAAAUCCGUUCGAUUUUCCAUUCUCCUCUGCUGGCCCCUUCAACUGUUGGUAAAUAGUAUGGUUCCUAUGAAUAUUACAGCGAUGGGGGAGAGCAACAACCUUACAGAGAAAAUAGAUUUAGGGUUCUGCUCUGGUAUAAUUAUUGACAGAAGUAUAUCCUUACUGCAUUCCAUGAUGUUUUCCUUCAUUGACGUCUUGCAUUUGGUAUUAAUGAUUUGGGCCAGUGGCUGCAUGGUGUUCAUUUUGUACAGACAUAAGCAGAAGGUCCUACACAUGCACAGCAAAAGCCUCACUCCCAAAUGCUCCCCGGAGACUACAGCCACCCACAGCAUCCUGAUGCUAUUUGAGUUCAUCAAAUUACUCCAUGCAUGGGUGACUGUAAAGCGUGCUUGGUUUGGCAUGGACACAAGUUAUGGUGAUGUCGAGAGCUUUGACCUUACCCAUAUGAAUAAGAAUAAAAUACAAUUUUUAACAUUUCCAUUGGAAAAGUCCCUGUAG